AUGGCAUCUGGUCGAAUUUCGUUUCAAACUAAAUCUCGAGUUACAGCAGUAGAACGCUACAAACGACGUUAUUGGGAUAAACAACGCUCACGUUCUAAUAAUGAUUUAUUAGACGAAGAACAAGUACGAACAAUGAUUACCUUUCAAAAUUCUGAUAUUGACUCAAUUGGUCUCUCUGAUUAUUAUUCACACACAUUGGGUGGUAACAGGCUAAAAAAUGGAGAAACAAAUGGUAAUGCACGUCAACGUACACGUCAUUUGAAUUGGUCUAGUUUGGGUAGUCUUAAUAGUUUUGGUGAUUCAACAACAACUCCAUCAUCAUCCCAAGGACAUACAGGUAGUGGAGGAAGUAAUGGAGGUGGUAGUGGCGGAAGUAAUACUGGUGGUAGUGGUACUAGUGUUCAAAAACGUGAAACAUUACAUAGCCGAUUUGAAUUUAAACAAACAUUGGGUAAAGGUACAUAUGGUAAAGUGAAAUUGGCAUUAGAUAAACGUAAGAAUGAACAAGUAGCGAUAAAAACAAUAAAAAAAUCCCGUAUUGAAAAUCCACAUGAUUUGGCUAGAAUUCGACGUGAAAUUGAUUUUAUGACAAGUCUUAAUCAUCCAUACAUUAUUAAAAUAAAAGAAGUUUAUGAAAGUCGAGAAAAAAUUAUCCUUGUUAUGGAAUAUGCAAGUGGUGGUGAAUUAUAUGAUUAUCUUAAUCGUAUGAAGCGUAUACCAGAAUCUCAAGCAAGAGCAAUCUUUCGACAGAUUGUAUCCGCUGUUCAUUUUCUUCAUAAAAAUCAUAUUGUUCAUAGAGAUUUGAAAUUGGAAAAUAUUCUAAUUGAUCAUAAAGGAGAUAUUAAAUUAGCAGAUUUUGGCCUAAGCAAUAGUUGGUCACCUCGUCAAUUACUACAUACCUUCUGUGGAUCACCACUCUACGCUUCACCAGAAAUCGUCUCCGGUACACCAUAUCGUGGUCCUGAAGUCGAUUGCUGGUCAUUGGGUGUUCUGCUAUAUACCCUUGUCUUUGGUACGAUGCCAUUUCAAGGUGGCGAUUACAAUCGAUUAGUACGCAAUAUAACUACAGGAAAUUUUAUUCAACCUCGUGAACAGUCAGGCGCACUCGAUCUCAUACGUCAAUGUCUUGCGGUAUCACCAACAAAGCGUUUUAAUAUUGAUAAUAUUACUACUCAUGAAUGGAUCAAUGUUGGCUAUAAUCGUUCACCUAUACACAAUAAUCUUCCUUCAACAAUGCAAAAAAAUAAUACUAUGUUAUCAUCUCGUCCAACAUUAUCAAAAACCAAUGAAACACCAAGAACAACAUCAAUAAAGUCAAAAAUCAGAUCAAAAUCUAUACAACCAUCUGCUCUUAAAUACUCUCAUCCUCCUCCACCACCUCCUCCUCCUUCUUCUGGUAAACCACCUCCAGUUACUGCACCUCAACCAUCAUUGAAAAAUGGUCGUGUACCAUAUUUUGGAUCAAAAUUGAAAUCUAUGACAAAUGGAAAUCAUCAAAUAAAACAAUUUAAUCGAUUAAAAGACAAUAAAACAACAAAAACUAAUAAAAAUGAACCACAAAAAUCUAAUCAAUUAAAUAAACGAACAUAUAAUUAUAGACCUAAUGGUGCUCUUUCACUUAUACGAUAUUGCUUGACACCCGAUGCUAAUAAUCGCGCUACAACAAAAGAUAUUCUUCGUCAUGAAUGGCUAGCAAAUGGACCUAUACUUUCAUUAAGACUUACUUCAACAACACCAACAUCUAUUUCACUUGCUGAUCAACAACCAUAUAAAGAUUACGAAAAAGUUCAUCUACGUUCAAGUGUACCACCAUCAUCCACAUAUAAUGAAAAAUCAAUGUCACCAACCGCUUCACUUGUUGAUCUUGAACUUCAAACAAGUUCAUUUUUUGAUACAACAAAAAUACAUGAUAAUAAUUUAUCAAAACCUACUGAACAACCACAACGACGUAAUCGGAUAUCAGCUGUAUCUGAUUCAACACGUUAUCAUUCAUCAACAUCUCGUCCUGUAGAUCGACGACCAUUAAGUUUAUCACUUGAUGAUCAAUAUCCAAAUAAUCCUAUUGAUUAUCAUUAUGCAUCAACAAGUGAAAGACCAUCAUUAUUAUUAACACAACCAUAUAUUCGUCGAACUCGUCGAACUGUUUCACCAACAUCAACAAAAUCAAAAUCAUCAUAUGAUAAUAAUGAUCGAAUGAAUACUCCACCAAUAACUCAUCGAUAUACAUUAGGAAUAUCAUCUGAUACAAAAAAACCAACAUCACCAAUUAGUUCAUCAAAUUAUCCUGAUUCAUAUGAUUGUGAUACAACACUACGUGAUCAUAAACGUAAGCCUAUUUUUAAAUAUACACCACCAACAAUACCACCAACAAAUGAAUUAAAUGUUGUACCAAGUCUUUCAAAUUCAACAACACCUGUUGCACCAUCUGUAUUUACAACAUCAGCUAUUAAAUUUGCUCCAGCACCUUUACGACGCAUAAGUCCAAUUAAUGAUCAAGAAAAUAAUAUUAACAAUUCUUUAUUAAGUACAGCACGAUUCUUAAAUAAUACAAUAUCUAAUACAUCUUCUAACAUUGAUGAUAGUAUUAAUACAGCUACUACUAAUCACAAUAACCAUCAUUCAUUACUAACUUCAUAUGAUACAAAUAAUUUACGAAAGAGUCGUUUAUUAGAUGAUAAUAAUAAUCUGAUACCAUUAAGGGUGCAUGAUUAA